AUGAAAAAAAAAUAUAUUAUUUUCUCUUUUUUAUUAAUUUUCAACAUUCAUAUAUAUUUAAAGAAUGUUCAAUGCAAUGACAUAAUAAAUUACAGCGGUUUACAUCUAAGAAACGGAUUACCAAUUAAUAGUUUAGAUUUAAUAAAUGGAUUAAAUAAUAGAAAUGAAGGCCUUAUUGAUACUAAAAUUGAUAUAAAUGAAAAUAACUCUUCCCAAAAUAAUGAUAAUAACAUAUCUACUUUAGGAAAACAUAUUACUGUUAUAGGAACAGAUUUAACACAAAGAGAAACUACAAUUAAUGAAGCAGAUAAUACACAUGGGGGAAAUAAUACUGUAAGUGUUGCUAAUAGUAUAAAUACAGGCGAUAGUAUAUCUGAUGUUCGUCUUACUUCUACGCAACAUUCAACUCUACAGGGUAAUCUAAAUAAAUGGCCCGAAGAUAAUUUUUGUAAUGGUAUUCAAAAUGUUCCUCAUUGUCCUCGAAAAGAUUUUACUGGUACAAAAGGAGAUUGGGUUGGUUCACUUGUCAAACAAUUUUCAAAUGAAAACAAAGGUGUUCUUGUUCCCCCUAGGAGGAGACAACUAUGUCUAGGAAAUUUCACAAACAAAUGGCGUCGUAUAAACACCGAGAAAAUUUUUAAAGAAGAAAUUUUUAAAGCUGCUUUAGGGGAAUCAAGAUCUUUAUUUAAUUAUUUUAAUGAAAAAAACGAGAAUGCACUUACAGCAAUAAAAUAUGGAUUUUCAGAUAUUGGAGAUAUAAUAAAAGGAACAGAUCUAAUUGACUAUCUAAUUAGUAAAAAUGUAAAUUCAGCAUUAGAUAAAAUAUUACGUGAAAAAUCUGGAGAUGAUAUAAUUAAAAAACGUGUAGAUUGGUGGGAAGCCAAUAAAGCUGAUCUAUGGAAUGCCUUAAUAUGUGGAUAUAAUGUUAAUAAAGGGGAAAAUGAAUGUCCAAAACACGAUAACAUUGAUGGAAUACCACAAUAUCUAAGAUGGUUUAGAGAAUGGGGAACAUAUAUUUGCAGAGAAUAUCAAAAUGAAUUGGAUGUUGUAAUAGCAUUAUGUAAUAUCAAGAAAACUCCAAACCCAAAUGAUUCAGAACUAGAAGAAAUGUCAAAUAAAAGUCUUUGUAAAGAAGCAUUAAAGAAUUAUGGAUUAUGGAUUAAUAGAAGGACACCUGAAUGGAAAGAUCAAUAUAAUAAAUUUGAAAAUGACAAAAAUAAAUAUGAAAAUAUUAAAAAUUUAACUCCUGAAAAUUAUUUAAAAGAAAUGUGUUCUGAAUGUAAUUGUAAGAAUAAAGAUUUAAAUAAUAUAUUUAAAGAAUUUGAUAAUAACCUUCAGCUUCUUAAAGCAGUAAUUCAGAAAAAAAAAAAUCAAGAUCAGCUAAUAACCAAUUCCGUAUCACCAACUAGUCCUCCUGUUAGUCAUUCAAGUGAUGGCAAUCAAGAAGUGACAAGAACAGGUGAAUCUGAAGGAGUUUCGAGAACUACAUCUGUUGUAAGAGAAACUUCUAAUGAUAUAACCCCUAAACAACCCGUUCAACCAGAAGUAGUAAAAGGGAUAGACGCCUUAGCACAAAAAGAAAAUAAUAACGACAACAUUUUAGGGUGGGAAUUCGGUCCUGUUUCAGUUCCUGGUACAAAUCCGUAUAUUUCGUCUGAAGAAAAAAAUUCUCUGGAACUAAUAAAUUUAACAUCAUGGGAUAAAGAAGAUAUAAUCAAACAAAAUGAGGAUGUACAAGAAGAAAAAGAAGAAGAGCAAGCUGAUGAAGAAUUAAAAAGAGAAGAAAUAGAAGAGGAACAAGAUUUAUUACAAGAUGAAGAGGAACACGAUGAAUUUGAAGAAGAAGAUGAACAAGAUGAUUUAAAAGAGGAAGAGGAACAGGAUGAGGAAGAAUAUAAAUCCACUAAAGAACUAGAACAAGAGAAAAAGACAGAAGAUGAGAAGAAAGAGGAAACAAUUGAUUCCUCAGAUGAUAAAAAUGCUCAUCAAUCAUUAUCUAUAAGUUAUAAGAAUAAUAAUGAAACAAAAAAGGAUGCUGAGUCUAUAGUGAAAGACCUAUUUAGUUUGUUUAAAGAAAAAAAUACUUUUGAAGAUCUUUUAAAAGAUUUAACAGGGGAUUUAGCCUCUUUAUUUCAAAAACAAUAA